GCCAGGCAAUCUGGAACAAAGAAAAGCAAAGCGUCGCGAAGUAGCGCAGGAAGGGACAGCUCCGACCUCCGGCCGAGCGGGAAAGAAAGCCUGCUCCGGGGACCUGGCGACCCCACCACGUCCCUUAGCGCGAGCGCGUCAGCACCCAGGCCUCGGAAGCGCCUAGAGCGGCCUCGGAACGACGCGCGCAUGCGCGAGGGCGGCGAGCGCGCGCGGCGCGUCCUCGCGUUGCCCUGGAAACUGUCGGGUGCGGUGGCGACCCGAGAGGGGGAAGGACGUGGAGACUCAAGAUGGCGAAGGACCUCGACGAGCUCUUGGAUGAGGUCGAGUCCAAGUUUUGCAGACCAGAUCCACUGAGACUGGGUAUGGUCGAACGGCCCAGAGGCGGUGGCGGUGCCAGCGGCAUCCUCAGCAGCGACCGGAACAGAGCCGAGGCGAAAGAGACUCUCAGAUCAACAGAAACAUUUAAAAAAGAAGAUGAUCUUGACAGUCUUAUUAAUGAAAUAUUUGAAGAACCCAACUUUGACAAAAAACAUUUUAAAUUAAAAUCUAAAUCUUCAGGUAAUUCAUCUGUCAGAGCUUCCAUUCAAGGCCUUGGUAAAAGCUGCAGCCCAGUGUACCUUGGUGGAAGCGCUGUUCCAUGUGGCAUUGGGACAAAUACUUCACAGAGUUCUUUUUCCCUGAAUAGAGCAUGUGACCAUCUGCGUUGUGUAGCCUGUGAUUUCUGGGUAGUGAGCUACGAUGACUACAGGUGGGACAAAUCGUGCGAUUAUCUGUUUUUCAGGAACAAUAUGCCAGAAUUCCACAAAUUAAAAACAAAGUUGGUAAAGAAGAAAGGAACACGAGCCUAUGCCUGCCAGUGCAGCUGGAGAAGUAUUGAAGAACUGACUGACCUUCAGACCAGUCAUCAACUUCGCUGGGUUUGUGGUAAACACUAAAAGUGCAGACUUUGCACAUUCAGACAGAUGUGUCCAGGAGAACAGCCUCUAUUAAUUGUCACAAUUAAUUUAGGUACAUAGUCUCAUACCCUUUGGAAAAGACAGGAAAUUUCAUUUAAUGGCUGUACAAAUUUUCAAAGACCAAAUGGACUUGGGAAGAUAAUAUGCUUUAACAUUUUGGAAUUAUUCCUUUUUGAUAUACGGACAUUUCACUUAGUAAGUAAGGUAACAAGUUAUCCAAAUACUUCUUUGCUAGCCUGUCUCCUGUUAAAUAGAAGUUUAAUUGUGGAGUUUCGUACAAAUGUAUAUUCAGUAGCAACUGCAGUACUACUGACUGCUAAUACACUUAGAGUAAACAUUCCUGUUAUAGCAGUUAAAGGGAAUAAAGCUCGCCCUGCAGAGAGGUCAUUGAGAGGUUGUACACAUCACCUCUUCCAGUCAAAUGUGCUGUUAGCAAAGAUCAUAAUUUAGACAUGUCAGAAACCUUGUGACCAGUGGCUAAUUGAAGGGUUUGGGGGAGUAUGGGUAUAUUGUAGGUGAAAACACUGCCAGUGUCUGAUCUCACUUCAGUUCAGAGCAAUACUAGGCAUAGUAGUAAAUAUAUAUUACCAGUUUUAGCUUAUUUCUCCCCCUUUUGUUCAUUUAGAUAUCAAAAGUUAUUUAGUUUGCUAUUUUAGCAAAUAUCCAUUUCUAUACAAAAAAAGGUUUUUUUGAUGCAUCUAAAACAAGGAAAAUACAGACGGGUCAUUGUUGGAUUUUCCAAGUACCUUCUUGCCUUUAAUGCCCUAAGACUCCGUUAAGUAAAGAGAACAGCAAGUAAGAUGUUUUCUCAGGCAGUCUGUUGACAUGCUGUUUAUUGAUGAGUACAUGAAAGGAGAAAUAAAGCAUAGCUGAACCAACAGGUAACCUGUUGGUCUCCUUCUUAAUUUGAUUAAGGCUUGAGGAACCCUACAGUAGCAGCACAUUCAGAAAAUCGGUUACCUCAAAAUUACCUGCUCCCAGCCCCAUCAAGAGAUUCCAAUUUGCCAGAACCUCUUUACCGCGUGUGUCUAAUAUAUAAUUCAGGUGUGUGACACAAGGCUUGCUGAAAGGGAGUAAUUGAAGCAAAGUUAUGAUCUGCUUAGUCUUUUUUAAAAAAAAAAAUUAAGAAAUUGACUUUAUUAAAUUAGCUUUAACUAAUUCAUUUAGAAGUUUACCUCCCAGGUUUAUGUUUGUUGAUUAAAUUUUAAAAUGUGGACUUACUAAAAUUAUAUGCCAAUAGAUUAUAUAACAUUGGCGCUUUUCAUUUUUUAAAGUAAUGAUUGAUAGUAGAAGAAAAUUACUCUGGCUUACUGCUCAUUUCUCACACUUGCUAAAGUAUUGAUAAAAAUAUGUUCCAUUCAGUUUUUGGUUUCUGAUAGGACUUGCUCAUUUUUAGGUGCUUAAUUUUACUCACAUUUUCUCAAGUAAUCAAAGAUUUCAUUUAAGUGAAAGUGUAAAUGUAAAUAUAUUGGCUACUUAUUAAAUAAACCUGUGCAAAGGUUUUGUAAUUAUUCCAGAUAUUUUAGAAUCUGCUUUCUGGUGUAGAUAUGAACUGCUUAGUCUUAUACUGAAUCUGUUCCAGCCAUUUUACUCAAGCGAAGAAAGAUCCUACUCCUAACCGUGACAUUUGCACGUGUAUAACUUGCUGUAGGAAGUCCAGUAUUCCAGCAGGAUAACUCUCACUGUGGCAGAUGCUCACAUUUUUUGUAUUAAGAAUAUGUUUACAGAUGUUAUCUUUCAAUAAAAAUUUUUUAUCCCCUAAACUUUUAUCUCAUCAUAAUUGUAUCAGAAACAUAGGGGGAUUUGGAUUGAAGUCGCCUAUUUCAAAAAAUAGCAGAGCAACAAGAUCCACACACACGUUCAGAACCUCAUGAAAUUUGGCACAUUUAAUCAUAAUGGUGAUUUUUUUUAAUUUAAAUGAGCAAAUUUACUAAAUUAUGGACUUGAAAUUUUUUUCCUCUUUUAUUAUUUCAUCAUAACUAUUGUAUAACCUAGAUAUAUGGUCCAUGUUUUGCAUUUCAUAACAUAAUAAUUCUAAUUAAUUCCACAAUGUCAGAAAUGUAUAGAGUUCACAUUUUUGUUGGCAAUUUACUUCAUAAGCUUUUUAAUAUUGUAUACUUUUUAAUCAAAAAGGAAGAAAGAAUAUUAUGUUUAUAUACAAGUGGAUAGAUUACUACCAGUUGUAAUUUAAGCCAAAAUGCAGCUAUUUUAGUAUCAAUGGAGAAGAAAAGUACAGUUUCUAAUAAACUAUAAUUUUAAAUGCAAAGUCUGUAAAACUUUCAAGAUGUUUUGCCUAUUUGUUUUCAAUAUUUAUAAUAAUUUUCUACCUUUAGCAAGUCUCUAUUUUUUAUCAAGCCAGGUAGCUACUUUAUUUGAACUCUGUUGUACUCUCAGAUCCUUAUCUUGCCUAGAAACGAAUAAAUAAUAAGGAGCUUUACUCUG